AUGACGAUACGGUCGGCCAUCUCCGGCGCGUUUCUCUUCCUGGCUCGACUAGCGCUCGCGUGUUCGUACUGGUUCUCCGCGAAGAAGCCGAGAACGCUGCUCGAGUCUUUUCAAAGAGCGACUUUUGAAGUUUCUACGUACCGUGGAGAUCCGGAAUACAUGACGUAUCGACACGAAGCUGAAUAUAUGAGACGAGAAGCGGAACGUUUAAGUUAUAAACUAGCUUGCGUGCGGCGACGAUGCGAGUGA